CCCUAAUUUUGUUGCCGCCCAUUUUUUAAUUUAGUUUAGCGAAUUUAUUCCGUGAAUCAGUCGCCGAGAGGGCAACAGUCGGAGCUCAAGCGGCGGCGGCAUCAGUAAAAUGAAUCACCAUAGUCGCUUCGAAGAUGCAGACGAAAUCAUUGAGGAUGCUGCUGUGAGCUCCAGCCACGACGUAUCCAUUUGCGAGCUCGAUGGUUCCGUCGACAAAGCCGUUGACGGCUCAGCUGGCGAGACUUCCAUGGUCUUUAUUGGUUCAGAUGAUAAAACAAGUGCCGAUUAUUACUUUGAUUCCUACUCUCACUUUGGUGAUUUCUUAUUCGAAAAUUUCCCUUUAUUACGUGUCUUGUGUUCUGAUAUUGGAACUAGAAAGAGCUGGUGGGUAGGCAAUCUGGUCGUGGUAGUCGAAGAUUAUAUCAUUUAGAUAUCUCUCUGUAUAUAAAUCCUAGCCGUAGUUUUGAUUUUCUCGUUAACUUUACGCCGGCUGUUGAAGAGCUGAAUAAUAAGCAAAUUGCUUGCACUUAAAUUUUGUUUGUUGAAAUAUAAGCAGACUACCUUACUUCAAUUGGUAUACAUAUUUUAAAUAACUAUUUUCUUCUUGUGUUUUCAGGAAUUCACGAAGUAAGUCCAUCACCUUGGAUGCACGCUGGCGUUACCUAUUCUUGUUCAAUCCAUUUUUUGUUUUCUUUUCUACUUUUGGAGUUUAUCUAAUGGGCAGAAAGAGAAUAGUACUUCAAUUAUUUUUGUUAGUUUUCCUUCGCAUGUCUUCUAAAAUAUUUCACAACUACCAACGGUUAAUAUCUGAGAUUUGAUGGAUAGCAUUUUUUAUAAGUCAAUUGCUCUGGCGAGGUAUUGUCCUGUCAGCUGCACUGAGGAACUGCAGAUCAAUAAUCUCCCCAGUAACUGAUUUGAUCAUUAAUGUUUCAUGAAUAAUUGUCUGAUGCAAUCUCAAUAUAAAAAUUUCACUCCAUGUCUAUUUCAUUCUCCAUUUAUUUUUCACGUGUGUUCACUGUAUAAUAUACAGGAAUUUAUUUUAAGUUAAAACCAUACUCACUUUCCUAGGUCAUUCUAUUCUGUAUCUUUUUUAUUGUUUUAAAAGUUAGGUGUGUCUUGAAGCACCAAAGCACUAGAGCAUUAUCCUGCCUGCAAAAUAAUUGUUUGUAUUCUAUAUAGGUAGAUAUCAAAAUCUAUAAUUUUGUGACUAGCCGACCUCACUUAGUGGGAUAAGGCUUUUUGUUGUUGUUGUUGUUGUUGUUGACUAUAGGACAGAUUUUCAGUGUGACAGUCCAUAACUUAAGUGAGGAUGUAAUAUAGAGUUCUAGAGUUUUUGCCCCUUAUACUCUUUGCCAGUGAGUAUUUCUGGCUGUACUAGAACAAUGCUCUGAUGUAUUACCCGGUAAAUUUUUCUGCGUGAUAGAGUAAAUUGAAGCUCAUAUUUUGAAUUUAAAUAUUACGUUGUUCUCAUUGCUGUCUGGCUUUUCUCUUGGCAAUUGAUAUGCUUAUGCUUCUUCAAUGGGCUGGUUGUUUAACUGUGCCAUGGUUAAUUUCCCAAAAACCUCAGUAGCCUAGCACUGUGUUUACUUUAUUCUCUAACCUACUUUACAUGCAGGAAAUGUUGAAGGAUACAGUGAGAACUAAGACUUACCAAAAUGUGAUUUAUCAGAAUAAGUUUUUAUUCAAAAAUAAAGUAGUUCUUGAUGUGGGUGCUGGAACCGGUAUUUUAUCUCUCUUUUGUGCCAAAGCUGGGGCAGAACAUGUCUAUGCAGUUGAGUGCUCUGACAUGGCUGACAUGGCGAAGGAGAUAGUUGAAACUAAUGGGUACUCUAAUGUUAUAACAGUUUUGAAGGGAAAGGUUGAAGAAAUAGAACUUCCUGUUGCUAAAGUUGACAUCAUCAUUUCAGAAUGGAUGGGAUACUUCUUGUUGUUUGAGAAUAUGCUGAAUACUGUCCUCUAUGCACGUGACAAGUGGCUUGUGAAUGACGGAGUUGUGCUACCAGAUAAAGCGUCUCUCUAUCUUACAGCAAUUGAAGAUGCGGACUACAAAGAAGAUAAAAUUGAGUUUUGGAAUAACGUAUAUGGUUUUGACAUGAACUGCAUUAAGAAGCAAGCAAUUAUGGAGCCUCUUGUUGACACAGUUGACAAAAAUCAGAUUGUUACAAAUUGCCAGCUACUCAAGACAAUGGAUAUCUCUAAAAUGGUACCUGGAGAUGCGUCCUUCACAGCACCUUUUAAGCUUGUAGCUGAACGUGAUGAUUAUAUUCAUGCUCUUGUGGCAUAUUUUGACGUAUCAUUUACCAGGUGUCAUAAAUUGAUGGGCUUCUCUACAGGGCCAAGAUCCCGUGCGACUCAUUGGAAGCAAACAGUGCUUUACCUAGAAGAUGUUUUGACCAUAUGUGAGGGAGAGGCCAUAGCAGGGAGCAUGACCGUGGCACAAAAUAACAAAAACCCUCGAGAUGUGGACAUAAUGCUCAAGUAUUCAUUAAAUGGUCGACGAUGCGUGGUUUCAAGAGUUCAGUGUUACAAGAUGCGCUGAGCCUGUUUUUUAAGUUAUUGAUAUUCUCCUAAUGCAAUCCCAAUAAACCAGGGAUAUUAGUGGGCUGGCGGAGUGUUGAAUACAAUUGCUUCCCUUAUAACCAUUUCUAGAGGAAGCUGUUGUAAGUCCUGUGACUUGUUUUCAAUUUUGCUGGAGUUUAUUCUUAGUUUCUCACGAAUGCUUCUGAAUGUAAUGAUGAAUUUUUUUAUCAUUCUAUUAUUUCCCCCACUUUUAGUAA